CAUUAUUAUAAUAAUAUAAAAAUUAUUAAUACAUAUAGAUAUUGGAUUAUGCUUUUAUGACAAAGACCAGUAGAUGAAAGACUCAUCGGUUUCUUCAAAGAGAAGGAGAUUAAAAUGCCUGAAGCCAGAGAUGCACGGCCCAGAUUCGGAGCCAGAGGUUUCGCAGGUGGUCAGAUGCCGGCACCAGAGAUUUAUGUGAGGAGAGAUUCAACGGCUGAGAUUUCAGUUGCAGAGAGAAGAAGGCAAGGAAAUGGCCAGAUUCAAGGGAGUAACAAGGAGAAUAUGCCACCUGCAUAUUCAAGGAGAUCAAGAGAACGUCAAAGAACGAGUCCUUUGCCUGCUUGGUAUCCACGCACACCUCUUCGAGACAUUACGGCCAUUGUAAGGGCUCUCGAGAGGAAGAGGGCUCGCGAAAGGCUAGCCGCAACUGUUCGGCCGAGAGCGGAAGACACUAUGCAACUGGAUGACUCUGCAUAUCCUUCUAACACUGAGAGUGCUUCUCUCUCUAUAUCCCCACCCCAGAAUGCGACUGGGGAAGAUCAAGGAGAUGCAACUGUCACUGUGACACCUCUGUCUAUCUCUACACUCGAGAAUCCAGCCUCGGUCAAUCAAGGAGAUGAAACAACACCUAUUUCUCUCCCUACACCUUAUAACCCUGACAAUGCUGAUCAAGGAGAUGCACCCAUCACCAAUGUAAAUGAAAGGGGAGCAGCUCUCACUGCAAAUCCUUCUUUCCCUUUCUCUACGCCCGAGAACUUCGAUCAGAGAGGACUUAUCACUGCAAGUCCUUCUUCCUCAACCUCUACAUCCCAGAACCCAGCCAAUGUGGAUGAAAGAGGAGCACCCAGCACUGUACAACCUUCUCUCUCUAUCUCCGCACCCCAGGACCCACCCGUGAUCAACGAGGGUGAAGCCCCCAUGUCCAUGACAGUGCUGGAAACUGACAUCAGGGUGCCAGAAAUUGAAGUGGGCUUGCCGGAAAAUGUGACAAAGAUGCCAGAAGAAGUCGAUUAUGUUUGUAGCAGAGCUCGUGGAGUUGUUGAGAAACCGAAGUUCAACAGCGUUGGUGGCUUGAAUCAGGUGGGCAGACAGGGAGGAAAGAGCAUGAAGCAGCAGCAGAGGAGCAAGGUGUUGCUCAUGCGUUGAGAGUGAGUGAAACACUUUGUUUCAAUCAUCUUUUGAUGAUGAGUCCCUGUGAGAAGACACUCUUCAAUCCCCAACGGUGAAUACUUCAUUUCCCCAUUUCUCUCUCUCUCUCUCUCUCUUUGCACACUCAAUUUAGGAAUCCAAGAUUCAGCAAGAUUGGUGGCAGGAAUCAGGUGGUUGGACAGGGAGCAAAGAACAUGAAGCAGAGUAAGCUGAUGCUUAUGCGCUGAGAGUGUGUGAAACACCUUGUUUCAAUCAUCUUUUGAUGAUGAGUUCCUGUGAGAAGACACUCUUGUCUUCAAUCUCCAAUAGUAAAGUCCCCCUUUUUUUCUCUCUCUCUCUAACUCUUAUCCCCCCCCUAACACACACCCUCUCUCUCUUGUUUUGCUUAAGAUGUACAAUUUAAGUAGGGUUCAUUUUCUUUUGUUUUUGCUUCAUUUCCUUUUGGACUGGCCAUGUUCCCUGUACAUUUGUAAUAUCAAUCUUUUUUUUUUUCCGGGUACAUGUAAUAUCAAUCUUUCUGAUGGGCAAUUGAAACAAAGUCAGAAGAGGGAGAUGGUUAUGGUGUC